UAUGCAUGACACGUUGGAUCUUCGUACGUACUGUCAAAAUCUACCCGACCGCCGCGACGUUUGUCAGUUAUUUUAUCCCAAUAUGGACGAAGACAUCCCUAAUAUUGUAUCUGAAAUCCGCAAACUGAGGAAAAAGCUUCGUCAGAUUGAAAAUUUAGAACGAUUGGACCGACCAUUAAAUCACGAGGAGAAUCUAAAGGUUGACAAAAAGGGUUUUGUUCGCUCCCUGAUCCAAGAAAAGGUGAAGUUCAUCCAAGAAGACAUCUCCAUCACCCCUGAGACUUCAACCAGCACACCAGACUCAGAAGUCCUUCCUUCAGUUCCUUCAAAUCUUCCGAAGAAUCACCCGACUCCUGAGAAAAAAGAGGAUCAAAGUUAUGAUAGUUCAGAGGUCAAGAUGAAAAGAAAUCAUGAUUAUCUGGAGGAUACCAGCGGAGAUACAGUCGAUGGAAGACAGGAUGAGAGCAGUAGUAGUGUGGAGGGAACAAAGAGACCAAAGGAUGAUGGGAAGGCAGUAACAAGUGGAGGAAGAGGGGAUGCCAAGCCUCCUGCAAAAAAGGGACCAGAGGCAGGAAAAUCCCAAAGCACUCCACAGAAAUCAGCUCCGCAGAAAUCAGCUCCACAGAAAUCACCUCCGAGAAGUCAAUCUGUGUUGGAGAAGAAGAGAGAGAAAUGGUCCAGAAUGGUAUUCAGAGUCCAAGUUGUCGAGGGUCACAACGACCUGAUCACCAGCGUAGACUGCAAAGACAAUGUCAUUCUUUCUGGAAGCCGAGACACAACAGUGAAAUCCUGGAGCAGUAGAACUGGUGAAGAGAUGUGUAGUCUAGGAGGGCACAGUGGAGCCGUGACAUCGGUGUACUUGCUGGCGACAGAGGAAAACCAAGCAUUAGCCAGUCACUAUGAUUUUGAACCCAGCAAAGCAUGCCGUCUCGCCCUCAGCUCAUCGAGAGACUGUAGUGUGAGGCUGUGGGACUUAGACUCUUCCAAGGAGCUUCGAUCCAUUUACACAUUCAAUCCAGUGACAGCGAUGGCAUUUGUAGGAGAAAUUUCCUGCGCAGUGACUGGGUCAGAUGGAGGCAAGGUGGAGCUAUGGGACGUGGCGUCUGGUGAUAGCCUCUUUUCAUCUUUGGCACAUGAAGACAGUGUGACGUGUAUAAAGGUCAGGGGUCGCCAGGUAGUUACCGCAUCCAACGAUGGGGUCAUUAAGCUGUGGGAAUUGAGGGACAGGUCACUGCAUGUCAUCUUUGAGUCGGAGAAUAUCCGCAGCCAAUCAGGAACUCUAGUUCAACGACCAAUCAUGUCCUUGGGUUUAUCCAAAAGUGACAUCUACUAUGGGGACGAAGGAACGAACGUCAAGGUUUUGGAUUGGAAAAGAGGAAAUGUUAGGAAGCUGAGGAAUCAUCUUGGGGAGUUUGGCAGUACUUACUCCAUGCUCCUCACCGAUGAUGUCAUUAUGUUCUCAUCCUACGACCUAGACAAUGGAGUUGGGGCUAUCAACGUUUUCUCAGCAUCUGACAAUCAGUACCUUGCCACACUCUGUGAUCCAGAGACAAGUCAGAUUGAAUCCAUUUCUUGCCUAGACCAAUCAAAUCCAUCACUGUGCUUCGUAACAACUGGGCAGGAGCUAAGGAUAUGGCAUGGUCUACCCAGUAACCAGCGCAGUUCAGCAGACACCAUCCCUGCGACCUUUGAUGCUGCACUUACAAAACCAGCGGAUGAUUCUGAUGAUGAGUCCAGCGAAUCAGAGCUGAGUGAAGAUGAGGCAUUCAGUCGAGGCACAACUAGGGGAUCAAACCGGAGGUCAAGGCGGCAAGGGAACGUUGAUCCGGAACAACAGCAGUCUUGGCUUUCAUGGUGUUCAUUAAUCUGAAAUCACUAUGGUUUAGUCAUCUGUUUGUUUUCUCAAUGAGAUUUGUGCAUAGUUUUUUGUUUGGAGCUAGAAAGGAAUUUUUCAUAUACUUUAACACAGAGGUCUUCCCUUUUGGGUCUGCACAGACAAUAAUAUAUAUUUUAUAUAUAUAUAUAU